UGUGGCGUGCUUACUGCUUACUGCUUGUGGGUCUUGUUGUGUUGUGGGGUUUUAUUAAAUUAGUAAUUUUAUUAUUAUUUUAUGCCUAAAUAGUGAACUAAAAUAUGCGUUAUUUACCCGGAAUUGUAUACAGUUUCAAUGUAUGUGUAUAAAUAUAUAGUUACGAUUCAUUUCGAAGACUUUCUAAGUAAAAUGAUAACAUAAACAACAAUGGAAGAUUCGUUGUUGGAAAUCGUUGAAAACCAAAUAGAAAUCGCCCCAAAAGUUAAACUAAAGCGGUGCAUGGAAUGGCUUCAAAGCCAGUAUGAGUUAAAGAAGGUUUCAAGUGAUAAUCAUGAAGAUAUCCAGUACACUACAGAUAAUGAUGCAUCUUGUAAGGACUCCUCAGUUUCUGAUCUAGAUGAUGAUACGACGGUCCCAGGGGGGGUCGAUGAACGUUCUAUUAAACCGAAGGCUGUGCCUGUAAGACACCUCCGUGUAAAGAGUCUGGAGAUGCAAUGUGAAUGGCAAUCAUGCAAGAGUUAUUUCUCUGAUUAUGAAGUUUUCCAAAAACAUGUCGCUGAGCAUUCUUCUGAGCUGCAUGUCAUUGAUGUCAGGGGAAAUGUGGAUUACGUUUGUCUAUGGGAUGUAUGCGGUCACAGCACGUCAGAUUUCUCAGAAAUGAUACGCCACAUAAACUACCACGCGUACCACGCGCGUCUUUUGGCCAUUGGUUUCAACGGUAGGGCUUCUUUGAAACUCCAGCAAUGUAGAAAGGAUUCUAGUAAAAGGAACCAGCUGCCUCCGUUGAAGCAUAAACACUGUUGUAUGUGGGUGGGAUGCUCGCAGAGCUAUAAUUCUAUACAGGCGUUCUUAGACCACGUAAAGCAGCACAUAACAUACUCAGAGAAGCACCUGUGUUCGUGGGCCGGUUGUGGUGCCGUGUUCCCGCGACGUCCACUGCUCACCAUGCACGUGCGCUCGCACACGCAAGAGCGCCUCAUCGCCUGCUACCACUGCGGGCAGCACUUCGCCUGCAACAGGAAGCUGUGUGACCAUCUCAUGAGGCAGAAUGUGGACGCAGAGACGGGUAUACCCUGUAGCAUGUGUGGUAUACUGUGUGCCUCGCCGUACCUAAAGCGAGAGCAUGAACGUCAGCACAUCUCCGCAUAUGCAUGCGCCAUGUGCGACAUGUCAGCUCCGUCGCCCGCCGCGCUUGCAUAUCAUAUGCGAUAUAGACAUCUUUCGUCCAGUGGUACGAGGACCCAUGCAUGCCCACACUGUUCAUAUAAGGCUGUCACAAAAAGUGAUCUCCGCAAACACAUUCCAAUUCAUCUUCGCAAGAAAAAGAGAAAGAAAACUAAAAGCGAUGUUCUAGUUAUCUCUGACGAAGAGAGUUCAGAUGAGGAAAUAGUAAAGAAGAAAAAGAAGGUUGUAAAAAAGAAGUACGCAUGUCACAUGUGCCCAGAGAAAGAAGUCAAAGUGUUUUCUAGGGGGACUAGAUUAACUACACAUUUGGUCAAAGUGCAUGGAGCGCAAUGGCCAUGUGGCCAUAGUCGAUUUAGGUAUCAAAUAAGCGAAGAUGGCAUGUACAGGUUGACUACAACCAGAUUUGAAUAUGAAGAUAUUUCCAAAAAAAUCGUCGACGGAUACAGUGGCCCGAAGGAGUCUUUGAAUAAUACAUUAGAGUUCGACGUGAAACCAAUAGCUGAAGCCACCAAAACUACGCCGAAGAGAUUCGAAAUAUCUCUCAAAAAUAGUAAUUUACAGGAAGAUGAACCAAAAAAUGAGGAUGUAAAAAACGCAGUUGAUCAAAAUGCAGUUGAAAUUAUGAUGUGUGAUGUCGAUGACGAUGGCAACAUUAUUAAUACGGAAACUAUACAAUCAUAUCAAUUGUUAAUUUAACUUUUAUAUUAUUUAUAUUAAAUCAAAUAUAAAUAUUAUUUUUACACAA